AUGUCUCCGGCGCCGCGCGCCCUCCCGGCGGCCGCCUCUAGCCCCUGGCGGGCGGCGGCGGGCGGCGGGGGCGCGGCGGGGCCGCGGGGCGGCUCAUGCCCCCGGCCCCCGGGCUCCGCGGCCGCCCUGGCCCGCGCCCCCAGCCCGCCGCGUUCGGCCCGGCGCCGCUGCGGAGGCCGGAGGAUCGGGCCUGCGUUACGGCCGCGCGGACCGCCAGGGGCGGCGGGCUCCUGCCGGCUCCCUGGCUCCCGCGCAGACGCCGCCGCCGCCGCUGCGCUGCUCUCCUCAAUGGAACCUGCGGGCAGCGCGCGGCGAACCCGGCGGCCUCGGCCUGGACGCUCAGGGCGUGCGGGCGGGGCGUGCGCGUCACGGGCGCCGCGCCUCCGGGCCCGCCCCCAUCCGCUUGCCCCGCCCCCGGCGCAGCGCCCCGCCCCCGGGCGGACCUCUCGUCCCCUCGUCCGUGGCCCCGCCCCGCCCCGGCUGGCCCCGCCCCGAGGCCCUGGCGGGCCCUUGGACUGGCCUAGCUUCCCCGCCGCCACGGCCCUGCCCCGCCUGCUCGCCCCGCCCGCAGGGAGCUGGCCCCGCCCCGACACUCGGCCCCCUGCCCUGGGUGGACCUGUGGCCUCCUUAACGCCUCGUUCGGCCCUGCCGCUUUGUCCCCAGGCGCAGCUGAGAUCCAGUGAGUCCCGCCGCUCCGUAGCACCGUGUCCGACCGGGCUCCAGGCCUCCCUGGACCCGUCCCCCGACGCCAGCUCCACCCCUAAGUCUGACCUGACCUUAUUCGGCCCCUAG